UGCCUACGCUACCUGAGUAUGUGAUGUGGCCCAGUCAUGGAGAUUAAUCCUGUCGAAGUCACGCAAGAGCGGCAAAGCUUAAUAUUCCGUUUACAGUUUUACAGUAUUUACUCGGACUGAUCCCAUGCCCUCGAUCUUUCCUCCUCAUCAUUCCCGUUGACUGUAUCCCACAUCGUCAACACAGCAAACAUGGGCAACUUCGUCUCUCAGUCCUUCUUCAUCCCCAAACCUACGCUCACCGAGCAGACCUGUCCGGACCAGAAAGACCGCGUCUUCAUCGUCACGGGCGGCUACGCCGGUGUCGGCCAGGAGCUCUCCCGAAUCCUCUACAGCCGAAACGGCACCGUUUACAUCGCCGGGCGCAGCGCCGAAAAGGCCGAGAAAGCCAUCGCAUCGAUCAAAGAUGCCCACCCGACCAGCGCCGGCAAGAUCGCCUUUUUGAAACUCGACCUCGCCGACCUCGCCACCAUCAAACCCGCCGUCGAGAGCUUCACCGCCCAGGAAUCCCGCCUCGAUGUCCUCGUCAACAACGCCGGCGUCAUGUUCCCGCCCGUCGGCAGCCUGACUGCUCAAUCCCACGACCUGCAGACCGGGACCAACCUCCUGGGUCCUUACACGCUGUACAAAUCCCUCGCGCCGCUGCUCGCCGCCACGGCGAAGUCCGCUCCCACGGCUUCCGUGCGCGUCGCCUGGGCCGGCAGUGUCGGGAUCGAGGUCCUCUCGCCCAAGCCCGGCGGGAUGAUCCUGGACGCGAACGGUGCGCCGGUGGUCGGCACCAAGGGGGUCACGAACGAGGUCAAUUACGCGCAGACCAAGGCGGGCAAUUACUUCUUCGCGAAGGAGCUGGCGCGACAGGAGCAGGCCGCCGGCACGGGCGUGGUGCACGUGGCGUUCAACCCGGGCAACCUGCGCACGGAGCUGCAACGGCAUUUCAAGGGCGUGGGAGCGACGCUCACCGACGUCCUCCUCCUCUACCCGGCCGUCUUCGGUGCAUACACCGAACUCUUCUCCGCCGUCUCGCCCGAGAUCACGCCCGAGAAGAGCGGCUCGUACAUCUGGCCCUGGGGCCGCGUCGGCGGUCUGCGCCCGGACGUCGAGAAAUCGGUCAAGUCGGAGGCGGAAGGCGGCACCGGGCUCUCGGCCAAGUUUCUGCAGUGGGUCGAGAAGGAGACGAAGGCGUUUGUCGCUUGAGAACGAGAUGGGAUGGAACUGGCUGUACAGAACGAGAUGACGACACCCCUUGUGAAGGAUAUGUAAUGAUUUUCGAGUUUCAAUGAAAGUGGGAUUUAAUGUCUGAUCAGUGCCGCCUUCAUUCACGCUCGAAGGCUUCAUGAAGCACAUCGACGGUGACGCCAUGUCACAAGCGCUCCAGCUCGAACGAUGAUGCGCCACGACCGGCAUCUCUCCGUGUCAAAUCAAUCAAUUAAAUGCUAUGGGAGGAAUCCAAAAGCCUACCGCCGCCAUGCUGGGAAUGCCGCUACAGAAUUCAAAACAAGA